AUAACUGUGAGCAAGUGGCCACUGUUGUGGAGGACGCUCCGGUCCAGGAGUUCACAAUGCGGUCUGAAACGGCUCCCCGGGGUUUGGACCUGUUCGUCUUACUAUUUCUUCUGGCCCCGUUUACUUCAGCGAACCGGACCGUGGCAGAAGCACCGGACCUCCAGAGGCUCCUAACCGCCGGGCUCGGGGUGAAGCAGCACUCACUGAUUGUCGCCCAGCACAAUAGACUGCGCAGCCGGGUCAAGCCCAUGGCAGCUAACAUGCAAAAAAUGGAGUGGAAUGAGGAGUUGGCCACACUUGCUAAGGAGAGGGCCUCAUUGUGUCACGCAGACUCCUCCCUUCCACACUCCUCGUCGUUCCGUCACGUUGGCUGGAACACACACCUUUCUGUUUCUGGUGUCGCCUCAUCUUCUGACAUCAUCGACGGAUGGUUUGAGGAGGGAAACAAUUUUGUCUACUUGAGUGGGCGAUGCAGAGGGAACGCCACCUGUCAACAUUAUACGCAGUUGGUCUGGGCUACUUCAAGUCACCUGGGGUGUGCCAACCAUCUGUGUCAGAGAGACGGAGACAUCUGGGAGACAUUUGUUUGUGCAUAUUACCCCGGGGGUAACUGGGAGGUGAACGGUCGGCUGGUGACGCCCUAUAAGUCUGGAUCGUACUGCUCCCUCUGCACCUCUUCCAUGUCUGGAUGUUUUAGACUGUGGGACCAUGUAGGUGGACUAUGCGAGAUUCCAAAAAACCCAUGUCGAAUGAGCUGUGGUCAGCACGGCCAUCUUAACGUCUCAUCCUGCAAAUGCGAGUGUAAUCCGGGCUUCACGGGACGCUUCUGCCAAGUUCGGUGCAGUGUGCAGUGUGUGCACGGUCGCUUCAAAGAAGAAGAAUGCUCUUGCUUGUGUGAUGUCGGCUAUGGUGGUGCUGAGUGUGCAGAGAAGGUGCAGUUUCCAUUUGAUAGAUGUGAUGUGGUGAUAGAUGGAAACUGCUUCAUGGUGUCUUCAGAAGCUGACACCUACUAUGGAGCCAAAGGUCACUGUCAGGAACUAGGGGGGAUCCUGGCGCAGAUCCACAAUCAGAAGGUUCAGGACAUCCUGGCAUUUUAUCUGAGUCAUCUGGAGACGAACAAUGAGGUCACUAACACUGACUUCGAAACACGGAACUUCUGGAUAGGUUUGACGUACAAGCCUCCGACAGACUCAUUCCGUUGGGACACACGAGAAAUUCCUCUGUUCACCAGCUUUGCCUUUGGGCAACCUGACAACCAAGGUUUUGGAAACUGCGUGGAGCUGCAGGCAUUAAGUGCUUUUAACUGGAAUGACCAGCGCUGUAAAACGCGGAACCGAUACAUUUGCCAACACGCUGCAGAGCACAUUGCCCAUUGGAACGAUGGCAGGUGACCUCGAUAUCUCGGUGGGAGGAUGUGCGGUACUUUCCAUGUUUCAUUACUCAUUGUACAUGGAUCUCUAUAUGUGCGAUGCCUACUGUACAUGUUAUUGUGAAUGAGCUACAGAAAAGUGUAUGUACGUCAUGUAAAAACGGGCGACAUUCACUGCCUCACAUCCUUGCAUACUUAUACUUUGUUUUGUUUUUUUCAUAUAUCUUUUCUGUCUAUGUGUUCUUGAAAUAGAUUUAUUCUGCCAGUGUUAAAGAAUGUUUGAAUUCUGUUAAUAUUACGCUUCAGGAGAAAAUAAUAAAAGGGAAGGCUGCUCACUGCUAUGACCAUUUGCUGCCUUGAAACUUCAUCAUCUGUGGACGAAAAGCAGCAGCAAAAGAAACGGCAGACAGCAGUGGAUGAGCGAAAGCAGCAAUGUUUAGUCGUGCACGCGGUCUUCAUGCAUAUUAUUUGUAGCAUUAACGUGUCACCUUGAUGAAGGGAGAUGCCGAUUUUUUGUAGGAUUUAUUUAAUUUUUUUAGACAGUUGAACAUUUAUUUAUGCUAACGUGUUCAGAAUCAUGGAAACCAAUAAUUUAUGUUGUGUCAGUCAUUCAAGUUUCUAAGACUCUAUGGAUAGUGGUAUUUCUGUCUGUAUGUCCACUACUUUUGUCACAUUUCAGCACCUGUUGGAUUAAAUGGCACAUACAGUAAUUUCAUACUUACAUUAAAAGUUCCAGAUGAUGAAUGCGAAUGAAUUCUCCUCUUGAGGUCUACAUUUCAGGCUUCAAGUGAAAAAUGGCUCAACUUCUAUUUAGAUUUGGUCCAUUUGUUUUGUGCUCAACAUCCUCUGUCCUUAAUUUGUGUUGACUGGCAAAUGUUACAGCCCACAGCACAGCUCUUUCUAUUUGACACUCUUAACCUGAAUAACUUUCAGAAAGUGUAGAAAGAGAUUUGGUCUGCCGCAUAGACAAUAUGCAUCUGACCUUAAAUAAGUAAGAGAGGAAUCCAGAAAGAACGGAGAGAGGAAAAAAGCAGCCACAGAAGGUGAAUGUGAAUUACUUCUACAAAGGAUAAACUGUUAUGUCACUUGUGACACUUGUCAAACCAGUUACAGAAAGAAUAGCUACCCAGUAAGAAAAAUACAAUCUUUUUUAUUUGAGUUUUAUUUCUCACAACUCAAAUGUGAUAGUUAGAAGAUGCUGACAACACAGUGAGCUUUCAAUCUGAUUUGAAAUGAUUUUCUGACUCCCUGGACUCACUUUGGAAGGAAAAUUACAUUUACAAUUAUUUGUUAGGUCCCUAUCAAUGAAAAUGUAUCAUUUUUUUAAAUAUUUUUUUUUAAUUAAAACAGUCUUUCUCAUGAUGUUCAUUACUGCAGAA